AUGAAAAUAGCACAUUUUUCUUCAUAACGCCGUCGGUAGUACAUUGCCAGACUGGGGAAAUAGUCAUUGGAAGGAGUGGAAUCAAUCCAAACGUUUGGCAACGUUGCCUAUUAGAGCGUAAAAAAUGGCCGCAGAUAUGGAGGAGCUUGCUCAAACGGAACAAACCCAGCCAUCAGUUGCCACUCAAGGUGAGGGUGAGACAGAAGAAACUUCAGUGGAUGCAGACAUGUUGAUCAAACACCCGCUACAAAAUCAGUGGACUUUGUGGUUCUUCAAACCAGACAGAGCCAAGGGAUGGGAAGAGAAUCAGCGUGAAGUAAUCCAUUUCGAUACCAUUGAAGACUUUUGGUCCACACAUAAUCACAUCAAAUCAGCCAGUGAGCUCUCAGCAGGCUGUGACUACUCAUUAUUCAAAGCAGGCAUUAAGCCCAUGUGGGAAGAUCCACGAAAUAACAAUGGUGGUCGGUGGCUUAUCAGUUUGGACAAAAAACAGAGAUCAUCUGAACUAGAUAAUUAUUGGCUUGAAGUGAUAUUAUGUCUGAUUGGUGAAGCAUUUGAAGAAUCUAGUGAAGAUAUUUGUGGAGCAGUUGUCAAUAUUCGACCAAAGGGAGAUAAAUUAAGUGUUUGGACAGCUGACUGCACAAACCGUGAUGGCAUAAUGAAAAUUGGCCAGAAACUUAAGGAAAGGCUUGGUAUUCAAACCAGGGGGUCGAUUGUGUAUGAAGCCCACAAUGAUAGCAUGAAAAAGUCUGGAUCUGUCGCCAAGUUCAGAUACACUGUUUAACACUGGAUUCAUUUAGUAACAAAAUUUACUAUAUAUUUUUUCAGCAAUGUUGGUUGAGGUAGAAUUUCAUACACAGUCACGAUGCUCCCCCAUGCCUUUGAAACAAUUUCCCAUUUCUGUAAAAAAAAAAAGUGUUUAUCCCCAGGCUAUGGGCUAGAGAUAAAAAUGAGAACGAAAUCCUAUCGCAUUUACAGAAAGGGCUGCAACAGAAAACAGAACUUUUUUCGUUGAUUUUUCAAAGCUGUCGAGUUAUGGAGAUUGAUGAGCAUGUUUUCCUUUUGUCUCAUCCGACUGGAAAUAUUUAUUCGAGAGAGGUUCAUUUUUUUUAUUUUUGUUUUGUAUUGUCUGCGGCGAUAGAGCAGAACGCCUGGUAUGCAGUUUUUCGUUUCUUUGAUUUUUCCUGAUGGCAUACUAAUGAUUCCCGAAAAAAGCAAUCGUUUAUUGAAAGGGUUACGUAUGAGGUGAUGUUCACAACGUAUCUAUGACUUGUGCUUUUUUUUUUGUUUUCUUUCUUCUUUCUUUAUUGCUCCGUCUCUUGACCAAUAUAACCUAGCAUUCGUUUUCAACCUACACAACUCUUCUAUUAGCCAAUCAACAAGACUCCGUCGUGUUUCUUGUGACGACUCCUCUCCCACCAAUCUCGCAAUUUUUUGUUUGUUUUCUAUCCUCCCAACCCUGUUGAUUGUAAUCCUUACUAGUUCUCUUCCGUUUCUUUGGUUUUUCAUCGUUGCAAUACAUUAUUGCAUUUGGAAA